UAAGGAGCUUUCUUCUACGGAUGAGGUGCACCAAGGCCUCUCUGCAGCUACCAACAUCCUUUCAUGGCGUUCCCUUUAUCUUCGGCCGUUCUCUCUCGCCGGUUUUCUCUCUCAGCUGCCCCUCACAUUACGGAACACAAACUUCUUCAUACUCAUUGCAUUAUUCGAUUUACCCACUCCGGUGGAAGCUCGACUCUCCCCAAACUCUCUUCCACCUCUGCUAAUAACUCUUCACUGGUUGGUCCUGGUUUCACUCUAAAAGUCUUCAAUUCCUCGUAUGUUUCACAAUGUGAGUUCAAUUUUCCCGUUCAAUUGCUUGCACACAAAGAAUCUUCAAAUUUCUCUUUUGUUUCGGGACUAGAGGACCAGCAUAACUUUCUCCAACAGUCAUGCAUUUCUUCACCUUUUGAACAUGGAAAGAGGGAAAUUAGGAAAUUGAUUGCUAUGAUCCUUAUAUGUAUCCAAAUUUCUACACCACUGCCCCUGCUGAAUUGGGACUUUCAAUCUAUUCACCCUGCAAUGGCAGUACUCUAUUCGCCUGACACCAAGGUUCCAAGAACAGGAGAACUUGCAUUAAGGAGAGCAAUUCCUGCAAACACAAGCAUGAAGGCAAUACAGGACUCUUUAGAAGAGAUAUCAUAUUUGCUAAGGAUUCCGCAAAGAAAGCCUUAUGGAACCAUGGAGGGUAAUGUGAAGAAAGCUCUCAAGCUGGCAGUUGAUGAGAAGGACUUGAUUUUGGGAAGUAUACCAUCAGAGUUGAAGGAAAAAGGUUUAUCGUUAUACACAACUCUAAUUGAAGGCAAGGGUGGACUGCAAACUCUCCUCCAAAGCAUUAGGGAUAAUGACCCAGAUAAAGUGUCUGUAGGACUUGCAUCAUCACUUGAUACUGUUGCAGAGUUGGAAUUGUUGCAGGCCCCUGGAUUGUCAUUUUUAUUGCCUCAGCAAUACUUGAAUUAUCCAAGGUUGACAGGGAGAGGAAUUGUUGAAUUUACCAUUGAGAAAGGAGAUGGUUCAUCUUUUUCCCCACAAGCAGGCGGUGAAUCUAGCAAUACAGCCACGAUUCAGGUUGUUGUGGAUGGAUAUUCAGCACCAUUGACAGCAGGGAAUUUUGCAAAACUGGUAAUUGAUGGAGCUUAUGAUGGAUCAAAACUCAGCACUACUAGUCAAGCUGUUCUUUCUGAAAAUAGUCAGGAUAAGAACAAAGGCUAUAGCAUUCCCUUGGAAAUAAAGCCAUCAGGACAAUUCGAACCCUUAUAUCGAACAACCCUCAGUGUGCAGGAUGGAGAAUUGCCAGUUUUACCUCUAUCUGUGUAUGGAGCAGUUGCCAUGGCACAUAAUGAAGAUUCAGAGGAAUACUCUUCACCAUAUCAAUUCUUCUUCUAUCUGUAUGAUAAAAGAAAUUCUGGCUUGGGAGGACUAUCCUUUGAUGAAGGGCAAUUUUCAGUCUUUGGAUAUACAACCGUUGGAAGAGACAUCCUUUCUCAGAUAAAAACCGGAGACAUAGUUCGAUCUGCGAAACUCGUGGAAGGUCGUGAUCGCCUGGUUCUACCAAAUGAGAAUUGAUUCUCUUGUUAUUACCAAAUCCAGAUCUAGCAAUUGAUUAUGUACAUUUCGUACUUGCUGUUCGUUUGUAUUUGUUGGUAAAGUUUUGUUGUUCGUGGUAUCUAACUUGUACCAUUAUGUAACUUGAUGCUUUCAUUCAUAUUUAUUGGUCUCUUGAUAUACAAUUGGUCUUGGUUGGACCUGUAGAUGAAGCAAAAGUAGUUUCCUUUUUCUUUGACAAAUAAAAUGAAAGAAGUAGCGGAAAAAA